AUGCAAACAAUUCUGAGAGAAAUACCGGCAAAGACAGGCAUGCCCCCUGAGGAGACGAUUGGCGUUGACCUUCUCAAAAAGUUCAAUUCGUCGGGCAUUCCAAGCGUUAACGAAGAUUCACAGUUUCUCUCUGCUCAAUCUUUAGUGUACUCAGCUCUUUCAAAAAGCAAUCGAUGUGCUCCUGAUAUUAAUGAGGGUGAAAUGGAUGCUGAAUUGCUGGAGCAUGAAGGCUCUUCCCUUGUUCAACGGAAACUCAUCACGGGAGAAAGGAGUUUCCGGGAAGACUGCAGCAUUAAAGUUGUGGCAUCUCUUGUCGACAAGCCAAACAAUUUAGGAGGACUAUGCCGCACUUGUGAAAUUUUUGGCGUGGAUGAGCUAAUUAUUGCUGACCCUAUAUUUUUGGCUGAUGCUGGUUUCAAAGCUCUGAGCAUGUCAAGCGAAAGAAAGCAGAAAAUAGAAUUUGUAAACUCGGAUCGUCUUUCACAUUACUUGGAAGAAAUGCGCAAGAUGGGCUACACAGUCAUCGCUGCAGAACAAACUACUGAUAGUGUUUUCUUACACAAGUUCAGUUUCCCACGGAAGACUGUUCUGCUUCUUGGCGAUGAAAAGGAAGGUGUUCCAACGAAUCUGUUGCGGUGUGUUGACCAGACGGUGGAAAUUCAGCAGCUCGGCCAAACUCGCAGUCUCAACGUUCAUGUGUCCGCAGCACUUUUUAUAGCGAAAUAUGCAGAGCAGGUGCUUCUGAGU